AUGUUACGUGUGACUCGAAUUCCGUACGGCAAGAUCCGCCACAACUCUGCCGGCGAAUUCGUUUGUCCCCGAUGUUCGAAGUCUUACAAACACAAAACGUCAGUCUACACGCACAUCAAACAAGACUGCGGGCAAUCGCCGAAGUACUUUUGCGACCUGUGUCAAUUCGCGUGUAAAUAUCAUCACGUGUUGAGUCGUCACAAAACGUCGCUCUCCCACCGCCGUAGGGAAAUGAAACUCAGCGUCGUAGAACCCUCAGUUAUUCGCUUGUCCACAGUGCGGGCGCUGGUACAAGUACAGCCACAACAUGCGGUACCAUUUGAAAAAGUGCGGGGAGAAACUGUUUCAUUGCAGGUUUUGCCCGAAAGAGUACACGUCAAAGUUUGCCUGCAAGAGGCACAUGCUCCAGGCUCAUCGGCACUCCGAUUAACCUCGAGGCUCGGUACUCACCGAUGCGUGAAGUGCGGCAAGUUGUACCGAUCGAAAUCGGCGCUAAACAGGCACGUACGGUACGACUGCGGUCAAGAAAAGCGCUUCGCCUGCGUAGUACCCGCGUGCGGGUACAAGGCUUACCAGAAAGUCCAUCUGACCAGCCACCUGAUGCGUAAAUUGUUCAACUGCCACAAUUGCGAGCGGCGGUACAAGCUCAAGACAUCCCUUUACAAUCACCUGAAGUACGAGUGCGGCAAGAGCAAGAGUUUCGUGUGUACUUUCUGUCAGAAAACGUUCCGGUACAAGCACAGCCUGAGGGAUCAUAUGAACCACAGGCGCCACGGCAGAGACGUCCACGUCGAGCAAGCGGACCGAGUUAGUCCAUUUUCCAUGGUCCGGCAACCGUCGUUUCAUGUGCCGUUUGGGAGUCUGCAUGUACAAUUACCCCAGGAAGAGACAAAGCAGAAUAAUUUGGAACCCCAGGAUCUCAGCAGGACCUCAUCCGCGCGGAAGAUAGUCAUAUCGGAGAACCGAUUGCUGACACCGAAAGCGGUACCGAUGGCGGCGGAGCAAAUCGCCCCGCCCGCGCCCGAGCAAAAGGUAUUCGAGUGCAACUUUUGCAAAAAGAAGUACCAGAAUUACGUGUCGCUGACGCGCCACAAGAAAUACGAGUGUCAGAAACCGCCGCAGUUUGCGUGUCACAUGUGCUCGUUCAAAACGAGGUACCAGUUCACACUCAGGGCUCACCUGUUCAGGCUGCACCAGGUCGUUGUGGAGAAUUGCGUCAACUACUUGUGA